AUCUCUCUUUCUCUCGUUCUCUCUCCUUCCUGCCAAGUAGCCAGGCCACAGAGCCCUCGCUCUCUUCCCAUAUACCACUAUUCUCACGAACACCUAAGUCUUCAUAAUGUCUGACACCGUCGCUGCACCUGUCGUCCCCGUCGAGGAGACCAAGCCCGUGGAGGUUCCCGCUGUUGAGCCCACUCCCGCGCCUGAGGCUGCCCCUGAGGCGCCUGCUGCUGAGGCUCCCAAGGAGGAGGCUAAGGUUGAGGCUGCUCCUGCUGCUGAGGCUGAGGCUCCCGCCGCUGACGCUGCCCCCGCUGCUGAGGCUCCUGCCGCUGAGACCCCUGCUACCGAGGAGGCCAAGCCCGCUGAGGCUGAGACCAAGAAGGAGGAGCGCCCCAAGAGCCCCUCCCUCCUCGCCAAGCUCCUCGCUCCCUUCAAGGGCGAGAAGAAGGAGAAGGCUGAGAAGAAGCCCAAGGAGAAGACCGCUAAGAAGACUGAGAAGAAGGAAGAGACCGCUGCCCCCGCUGCCGAGGAGGCUCCUAAGGAGCCCGCGGCUGAGGUUGCCGCUGAGGCCCCCAAGGCCGAGGAGGCUCCUGCCGCUGAGCCCGUGAAGGAGACCGAGACCGCGCCUGCCACUGAGGCGCCCGCCGCUGAGGCUGCGCCCGCUGAGGCCGCUGCGGAGACCGAGGCCCCCAAGGAAGAGAAGAAGGAGGAGAAGAAGGAAGAGAAGAAGUCGCCCAAGGUCAGCCGUCGGUUGUCGGCCCGCGUCGGCGAGUUCUUCAAGUCGAAGCCCAAGACCGAGCACAACACCCCGCCCAAGGUCGAGGAGAACCCCCCUAAGAUCGAGGAGCCCACCCCUGUUGCUCCCCUCGAGAACCCGGCGGCUGAGGCGGCUGCGGAGCCCACGCCCGCGGUUGCUGCCUCGGAGGAGCCCAAGGUCGAGGCGCCGCCUGCCGCCCCCGUUGUUGCGGCGGCAGCGUGAGCGUGGUCCUAAAAUGUUCCUCAUACAUUAUUACGACCUUGACGAGCUGUGCACUUCUAAUGUUUCCUGUCUCUCUGCGCCCCUCCUGGGUACCUCCCUCCCCCAUCCACAUCCACGCUAGUGGAUUUCGCUUCUAUCCCCAUUUCAUUCUUUCUUCGGGUAAUGUACGACGCGGAUCUGGUCCUUUGCUUUUUGUUUCCCUCACGAGUUACGCCCGCAUACCUACAUCGUCUUGAUCCGCUGUUACCCAGCCUAAUGUCGAUCCGGAUAGGUGAUAUCCCCAUACCCACUUUCAUUCUCUCACUGGAUCGUGCUCGCGUGUGUGUCUAUGGCUUCGUGUAAUCAUGAACUGUUUCCCUGCUCUACGGUAACAGACCACGAUGAGGCGAUGUGCUGCCAUCCAGGUUUCUCUCUUAUGAGCUGCGACUGUCCCCUCCUUUUCAAUAUACAUCUUACAGUUCGU